CCCUCUCACGUGACUAUUGGGGUGGAUCUACUGGCCUCCUCACAUGACUGGAACAUUCGCGCUGCGAAGGGCUGACGGAUCACAUCUUUAAAGUCAUUUGUGUUUUGAUCGGAUAUUAUCGGACAGACAGGCAGCUCGCGGAGAUGAUGGGCAUCAGGCAGACGGUGACAGCAGGUGUCUGUUUAACACUGAUGGGUUGUUUGGUUGUGACGCGCGCGGUCACGCUGGAGGUGAAGGACGGAAACUCGACGUGCAUUAAAGCGGAACUCAACGCGAAAUUCAGCAUCACCUACAAUGGCACCAAUGGCACGAACUCGGUUGUGUUUGCUCUGCCGGACUCGGCGUCUACAGACAACAGCACAUGCAACGGCGUUUCUCAGCGUCUGGUGGCGUCGUUCGGUGACGGUCACGCGCUGACUCUCGUGUUCUCCAGUAACGGGAGUCUCUACGGGGUAACACAAGUGAGCUUACGCUACAACCUGAGUGACAAUAGCACCUUCCCACAAUCCACCAGCGCAGAUGUCGUUACCGUGGAGACGAACUCUUCUAGAAUAUCAGCAAGUAUGAACAGCACAUAUCGCUGUCUGAGCUCCAGCCCCAUCUCUCUGAACGCUGAUGUCACCGUCACGUUCUCUGAUGUUCGUCUGGAGGCGUACAUGCAAACAGGAAACCUCAGCACAAACGAGAGCGUCUGCAGCGCUGAUCAAACCGUCACAACUGUGGCUCCACCCAAAACCACCCCUGCGCCAUCUCCAUCACCCCCGGGCGUCCCGGAGCGAGGCAACUACACAAUCACCAGCGACAACACAACCGCCUGUCUGCUCGCUGUCGUGGGACUGCAGCUCAACGUCACUUACUUAUCCAAGACUCGCAACAAGAGCGUCAGUGAGGUCAGAAACCUGCAGCCCAAUAGGACGUCGUUCUCGGGGUCAUGUGGGGUCACAGUCGCCACUCUCAUCCUGACUGAAGACACAACAAAUCUCAACUUCACCUUCACACUGAAUUCGACCUCUCAGAAGUUUCAUCUGAGCGCUGUGAGCGUCUCCGCCAGGUGGCCUGACAUGACGGCUGUGUUCUCAGCGGAGAACAGUUCUCUGCAGUAUCUUCAGGGCAGUGUGGGUCGGUCAUACAUGUGCAGUUCUGAGCAGACGCUCGCUGUGGUGUCAGACUUCUCUCUCAACACGUUCAGACUUCAGCUUCAGCCCUUCAAUGUCACAGGAAACCAGUUCUCAGCAGCUGAAGAGUGUCGUAUGGAUCAGGAGAACAUGCUCAUUCCCAUCAUAGUGGGAGCAGCUCUGGCGGGUCUGGUGCUCAUCGUUCUCAUCGCGUAUCUCAUCGGCCGUAAGAGAACUCGUGCCGGAUAUCAAACCAUCUGAAGCAUCGAUCCCAGCUCGCCGAGUGACCGCUGCCAAUCACACACACACACACACACACACACACACACACACACACACACACACACACGUCUCUGUUUUGUUACCUGCGUUACGGUCACUAAUAUUUGUUUAAAACUAAAUCGUUGUUUUGACUCGCUUCAUUUGUUUGUAACGCUCUGAUCUGAGCGCUGCUUGUUUUAUCUGUGCUUCUGGACAUGUUGAUUUGAUUUUGUUUGUGUGUAAAUAAUUGUUUGUUUUAGACAUCACGAUUGGGAUUUUCGGCAGUUUGUGUUGAGCUGUAAAUACUGAUCCAUCAACCCAGGAGAGCUGAAGUUAAUACUGUAUAACAUAUGUGUAAAUAUUAUUUUAAAUGUUAGUUUCAAAGGUCUCAAGAAUUGAAUGCACAAAUGAUUGAUAAAUAAUUUUGAGUUUGUCUGUCUUUGUCGAUAUAAUCACGUGUGUGUGUGUGAGAGACUUAAUGUUAAUAAUUCAUUCAACGUUUUUGUUUCUUUACCCAUAAUUCCUCACACGCAUGUAUUUAUCAUCAGCUGGUGUGAAAUGCUGUGUUUGUGUGUGGUGUUCGAGUUCACCUUCAGUAAAAAAAAGGGAAAGCUGCAGUUAUUCUUUUUAAAUGAAUUUCAUUUUAACACCGUGGAGAGUUUGUGUAAUUUUAUUGAUCAUAAAACUGUUUUAUUUCCACAUAACUGAAGUGUUUCUAACCCAGCAGCUAUAAACUCUUUAAGCUUUAUCAGCAGUUCAUAGACGCCAACACAACGAUGUCAUGUUUUAUUAUAUGUAAACAUCAUUGCAGUAAUUAUGAGUGAGGUGUGUGUGUGUGUGUGUUUCUAACAAAUGAACAUUUAACUUCGACAGACGUGUGUUUGUGUCUGAUACUCAUCACAGAAGUGAAUGCAGCAGAUGUUCACGAGGAGCAAAUGUUAUUUAUCUGAAGGACUCGAAUGCUGUUUGGAUUUUCUUCAUUUAAUUUUGUGCGUGCGAGCGUGUCUUCUACAGAAGAGCAUGAAGUGUGUCGGCUGCAGUGAUCUCAUCUUUUAUUUUUCUAGAGAACGCUUCGUUGUUUUUUAUGCAUCAGGUGUGAAGUUAAUAAACAAUGAUCUGCUCUCA